AAAACGCUCACUGCCGACGACGACGACGAAGCGUGCGGAGGUAUAUGUGGCAGACAUGCGCACGGCAGCUCGCUCGCACUCCGGCACUAAAACUGGGCGCUCGGCCACGCGCCCUACCUCUUGUUCUACGCAGAAUUCCUCUCGGUGAUCUACUCUUGGGUUCAGGCUCGCCGAGGCGGUGCCUAGCCUCAUAUGCGCGUGCCAGGUCACAGCAUAUUCAAGUACUAUCUCACUUCACCGCACAAGGGAGUCCACCGCUGUCCGAGUCACAGCGGCAGACAAUAUACGCGCUGUCCACGCCUUUCGGCAAGGGGGGCGUCGCGGUCAUUCGCGUCUCGGGACCGGACGCGCUCAAAGUCAGGGGCGCCAUCUGUAGACCUGUGAAGAAAGCAAAGGGUGCCGAACCACCGCGUCCAUGGGUCAUGGAACGGUGUCAGAUUGUUCAUCCAGUUGAUGGACGCGUGCUCGAUGAUGGGCUUGCCGUCUAUUUUAAAGGACCAAAGUCGUUCACGACUGAGGACGUGCUUGAGCUCCAUCUUCACUCUGGUCGUGCUAUCAUCUCAGGAGUCCUAAAUGCUCUAUCUGCAUUGCCUUGCUGCCGUCCUGCUGAAGCCGGCGAAUUUACUCGCCGAGCGUUCGAAGGUGGUCGUCUUGACCUUACACAAGUGGAAGGUCUCAAAGACUUGAUCAAUGCCGAAACAGAGGCCCAACGGCGUAUGGCUCUUGAAGCUGCAGGAGGUGUAGCCAGAUCCCAGUUUGAGAGUUUACGAACCAAAAUCAUCAAAUGCCAAGUGUUCGUCGAGGGUUUCAUAGACUUUGGCGAAGACGUCGACGAGCUUGGUCAAGAGCACAUGUUAUCCGAAGCCAAGAAGCGCGCCCAAGACAUAUGUCACGAGAUUCAAAACCACUUGAAUGACAACCGCCGUGGCGAGAUCCUCCGCUCCGGCAUCCGCCUUGCCAUCUUCGGACCGCCAAACGCUGGGAAGAGCAGCCUUCUCAACUUUCUCGCGCAACGAGAAGCGGCGAUUGUGACGCCUAUACCAGGCACCACACGAGACGUAUUAGAGCUCACGCUUGACCUCGGCGGGCUGCCUGUCAUCGUUGCUGACACGGCCGGCAUUCGGAAGACGAGCGACCUCGUGGAGAGCGUUGGCAUCGAGCGUGCACAAAACUUCGUGAAAGGAUCCGAUGUGUCCAUCUGCUUACUUUCCCUUGAGGAUUUGCUCGUCCGUCAAGGUGGCAAACUCGAGCUUAAGAUACCACCAAAUAUCCAGCAGCUUGUGACACCCACUACAUUCUUCCUACUGAAUAAGAGUGACUUGAUUGGUCCUCUAGACCAAAACCAAGUGAAGGAAGCAUUGACUUCCUCUGGUUUCCAAGACCGUGCAUGGACGUGCAGUCUGAUGACCAACACGGGGACGAAAGCCUUUCUAGACGGGCUUACACGUAGCUUGCAUAACGUAUAUGUCGGUCAAGACGAGAUUACAAGCUCUGCUCCUCUGAUCACACACGCUCGUCACCGUCACCACCUCGAGAAGGCUGUCGAACACCUACAGGAUUUCUUACGGUACCCUAUCGAACAGAUCGAUAUAGCAGCAGAGGAGCUCCGCUAUGCUGCGGCCGCUAUCGGGAAGGUAUCUGGGCUCAUAGAUGUAGAGGACAUGCUUGAUGUCUUGUUUCGAGACUUCUGCAUUGGAAAAUAAAAAUGGAAACG